UCCUUCGCAGGCAGCAGCUGCUCCCAAAGCGGCAAACAGGCACUUCCCGUGACCCCGUCUUCCCCAUUGCUUCUCUUCUCGGCAUUCUCGCUCAGCCGGCGGCAGACUACCCCUGAACCCUUGGUACUGCCCUUUCACCUCCUGCCGCUCGCUCCAAAUCUCUUUUCCCAGCGCCGAACUGGCGACGCCGAGAGAGGAGGAACCCCCAUCCACCCUCUUUGGAAUCCGUCGAGGCAAGAUGGCGUUUCCGAACCAACAGACGGUGGAUUACCCUAGCUUCAAGCUCGUGAUCGUUAGGGACGGCGGGACAGAGAACUGAUUUUUAAGAAGUUCUGUGAUCUGCUGCGGGGAAGACUACCUUCGUCAAGAGACAUCUCAUGGGGGAAUUUGAGAAGAAAUAUGAACCUACCAUUGGUGUCGAAGUCCAUCCCUUGGAUUGCCACACCAACUGUGGAAGGGUCCAGUUCUACUGCUGGGAUACUGCAGGACAGGAGAAGUUUGGUGGGCUUAGGGAUGGAUAUUAAAGUUCAGUGGGCCCCAAAAGACAAAUUGGUGUUACAUGGGACGUGAUCACGUGGUAGGACCACCUUGAGGCUGCGAAAGCUUCGACAGCGCGAGAAUUGCAUGAACGACGUACAUGAGGCAUGCGAUGGCUUAAGACGGGCGCUUGUUUCUUGGGAGACUCGACUCAGGUACAAAACAAUCUGGACAAGUGUUGGUAAAUGGUUGGCGUCAGACGCUAGCAUUUGGGACUUCUGCUUAUGUGACCCAAGAUGACAUUCUGAUGACAACUCUGACGGUGAGAGAAGCUGUAUACUAUUCUGCACAGCUCCAACUGCCAGACUCCAUGUCUAAAUCUGAGAAGAAGGAGAGAGCAGAGACGACUAUAAGGGAGAUGGGCUUGCAAGAAGCUAUGGACACAAGGAUUGGAGGGCAGGCAUCUAAUGGAAUAAGUGGUGGCCAGAAGAGGAGGGUUAGCAUUUGCAUAGAGAUUUUAACACGACCAAAGCUUCUCUUCUUGGAUGAACCCACAAGUGGACUAGACAGUGCUGCAUCAUAUCACGUUGUGAAUCGCAUCAUCGACCUAUCUCGACAUCAUGGAAGGACUAUUAUCGCUUCGAUCCAUCAGCCUAGCAGUGAAGUUUUUGAGCUUUUUGAUAACUUGUGCCUUUUAUCUUCUGGCAAAACAGUUUAUUUUGGACCUGCUUCUUUAACUAAUGAGCUUUUUGCUCAAAAUGGAUUUCCAUGCCCAUCCAUGAGAAACCCCUCUGAUCACUUCCUCAGAACUAUCAACAAAGACUUUGAUGAGGAGAUUGUAAAAGGCUGUAGUAGCCAAUCAAAAACCACUGCUGAAACCAUUGAUAUCCUCAUAAGAUCAUACAAGCUAUCCAAUAUCCACCAAGAAGUUGAGAGGCGAGUAGCUGAGAUGCGCAGAUUGGGAGGAGAUGGCGUGAAGAAGGGAAGUCAAGCUAGUUUCACUACUCAGUGCAUUGUCCUCACCAAAAGAUCAUUUAAAAACAUGUACAGAGAUCUAGGAUACUACUGGCUGCGACUCGUAAUUUAUGCUAUAUUGUGUCUAUGCAUUGGCACCAUGUUUUAUGACAUUGGACAUAGCUAUGGAUCAAUUCAGGCUCGGGGUUCGGUGCUUCUGUUCGUAUCAUCAUUCCUAACUUUUAUGGCAAUUGGUGGUUUUCCUUCCUUUACAGAAGAGAUGAAGAUCUUUCAAAGAGAGAGACUAAAUGGGCAUUAUGGUGUCACCGCAUUCAUGAUAAGUAACAUGCUUUCUUCCGCACCAUAUAUAGCUCUUGUCUCUGUAAUCCCGGCAGCCAUGGCUUACUACCUUAUUGGCCUCCAAAGCGGAGUUGAUCACUUCAUUUUCUUUGCUAUGGUGUUGUAUGCAUCGAUGUUGCUUGUUGAGGGCAUGAUGAUGAUCGUCGCUAGCAUUGUGCCCAAUUACCUCAUGGGCAUCAUCACCGGUGCCGGAAUUCAAGCAACGAUGAUACUAUCGGCCGGCUUUUUCCGAUUGCCGAAUGAUCUUCCGAAGCCAGUGUGGCGAUACCCAAUGUACCACAUAGCCUUCCAUAAGUAUGCCAACCAAGCUUACUACAAGAAUGAGUUCAUUGGACUUUCCCUUCCCAACAUCCAAGCUGGGGCUGCAGCCACUAUUACUGGGGAGGAAAUUGUGAGGGAUUUUUGGCAGAUGGAGGUGGGCUACUCUAAGUGGGUUGAUCUUGCCAUACUGUUUGGUAUGGUUAUUCUAUACAGGAUCUUGUUUUUGGUCAUUGUGAAGACUAGGGAAAAGGUGAAGCCCAUGGUUAGGGCUGGUCUAAACAGGCCACCCAAACACGUCAUAGGGACGCCCUCAACACCUCUAGCUGAUGUAAGCCCAUAAAAAGAUUUUUUUCUCUUUUUUCUUCAUUUUACUACGUCUAAUCAAUGUAUUUGGUCCAUGUAAUUCUGAUGUUUUAUUUAAAAGUGGGACCAUCUGAUUAAUCAUUGUUUUUCGAGUAA